CAACCCCUCACUAGUAGCCACCAGUUCUCCUCCAGUCCCCACAUAUAUAUGUUCCUCUGGCACUGGCUGACAAAAAGCCCAGGCCCAGAAGCUGAUCUCUACCAGUUUGUUCACGAAUUAUCACCCACCCUUUUUGGGAAAUACUUUUGUGGUAGUACCCCUGCUACCUAGUGCGAUAGCCUUUGUUUUCUCAGCGGUGAUGGAAACUCUGGCAGCUUCAUCGGCGAAGCUACUUGUAUAUGUGGAGAAUCAGAAUCCGAGAGACAAGCAGACCGGUACCGGUUUUUCGUGCCAAGCUCCGACAACAAGAGCUGCUGCUGCUGCUGCCCGGAGUAGACCAGAAAUUCGUUUUCUUGGAUACCUGAACAAGCAUGCCAACUUUGGUUAUUCAUCUUCACUUUCACUUUCCUUUCAUCGGAAAACCAUUCACCCCAUUUCUUCUGUCCCUGCACUGUCACAGACUCGUGCUGGAAUUGAAGAAAUUCAGACAAAAGAUACAACUCAGUUCAAAAGUGUUCACGUGAAGUUUCAAUUAAAGAGGGAAUGCUUAUUCGGCCAGCAAUUUCUAAUCGUUGGGGAUGAUCCUAUGUUUGGAUUGUGGGAGCCAUCAAAUGCAAUUCCGUUAAACUGGUCCGAGGGGCAUGUAUGGACUGUUGAAAUGGAUAUACCUUGUGACAAAGUGAUGAAGUACAAAUUCAUCCUGAAAAGAGGUGAUAAUACCAUCUUGUGGCAACCAGGCCCUGAUCGAAUUCUGAGGACAUCGGAAACCUGGAAAACAAUUACUGUUUGUGAAGAUUGGGACAAUGCGGAACUCCAAACCCUUGUUGAGGAGGACCCUGUUGCACAUCAAGAACUACAAACCCUUAUUGAGGAGGACCCUGUUGCACAUCAACUUAUGGAAUCAAGAGAGAAUUCAGAAAAACUGACAGUCGUAGGGAAUCUGCUUCAGCCAAGUGGAGACCCUGAGGCACUGGCCAGCACAAAUGGCUAUGCACAACCGGCAAAAAAACCACUGUCUGAGAAACCUAUGACUGUUCCUGUUGAAAAUAAAAUUGAACAACAUGAAGAAAAAGCGGUUGAAUUUAAUGAAUUUGCUGGUGUAAGCUUUAGUCCUAAUCCAAACGAGAUUGUAAGUUUAGGAGUAAAUGAUCACCCGAAUUUUAGGAGGUCAGAAAGCACUGAGAAUUUUAUAGUGCCGAAGGAUGAGAAAAAACUUGAUACCAGUGCUGCUAUGCCUGUUUUAGUACCGGGUUUGACUCCAAAACCAACAGCAGAUAUUGAAGAAUCAUCUGCCAGUAAAGCAGAUCCACACAUCGGUGCUGCUUCAUCGGUGGGAUCCUACAAGUCUCAGGAUUUCAGUGUGCCAGAGCUAAAUUUGAAGGAAGAGCCUGAUAUUCACUACCCAAUUUCUGAGGAAGAAACUGAGACGUUAUUGUUAAAUGACAACCUUGAAAUGCAUGGCAAAGGACAUCUGCAAAUGCCGCAGUUAUCUGAAGAAAAAGACCAGCCUGACUGUACUGGGGAAAAAGACCGUGUCCUGGAUAAUGACAUUCAAUGGGGUCGAAGAACUCUCCAACAAUUCCUUAUGAAUUUGGGCUUGUUAUGAGUUGUAACGUAUUGGUGGAGCUACAAUAAGGUAAAAUAUGUAACAAAGCCUAUUAGUUAGAAAUUAUUGUUAUCCCAUAUGAAGGGAUGCAUGUAGUAGUCAUUGUGUGUAUAGGGACUUAAUAUAUGGUCCCAGACUCCCACGGAUGAUUUCUAGUGUAGCUCAUGGAAUGGGCUGGGUUGAUGAAUUGUGAUUCCAGUUUGUAUACGAAUGAAAGGUCCUAUUGCUAGUUACACAUA